AUGGAGAUGCGCAAUGAUGAAGAGACACUCCGACAGAUCGAGGAGGAGUUGGACACGAAAAUCUACCCAGGCACGGAGAUUAUGAGAGAUGUUGGAUCUCAUCAUUUCGUGAAGUCGUCCAAAAGCUCGGAUCGAGUUUUGGUCCCACAACCGUCGGAUGACCCUAAUGACCCUCUGAAUUGGAGCCCUUUUUGGAAAACGUGCACCAUGACUCUUGCAACUGCCAUGUCGUUUACACAGGCAUUCGGUCCGCUAGCUGUUGCGCCUAUGUUUCCUCAAUUAAUGGAAGACUUUGAUACCGAUUUAGCUGGAGCAGUCAAGUUUACCGGGGUUUGUAUUCUUGUUCUUGGAUUUAGUAACUUUUUCUGGGUCCCUAUCCAAACAUGUUUUGGCAGAAGACCGGUGUUAAUUACGUCAACAUUGGUGUGUUUGGUCUCUUCUAUCUGGAGGGCCGUUGCCACCUCCUACAGGAGCUUUAUGGGAGCUUGCAUUCUGAAUGGAUUUGGGGCUGGUCCAGCGGAGACUGCACAACCGCAGAUAAUCACGGACAUUAUGUUCCUUCAUGAGCGAGGGGCAUACAACACGCUCUAUUUCACCUUCUAUUUUGGAGCCUUGGUUGUUUCGCCAGUCAUUUCAGGACCAAUGGCAUAUCACCUUCACUGGCGCUACUUCUGGUGGCUCAACGUUGGCAUUCUAGGCCUUGUCCUAGUAUUAUUGAUAUUUCUUUUCCCGGAAACAAGGUGGCAUCGGCUUCACCACAACGAGAUUCAUGCACGAAACACAUCAUCUGAAAAGGCGAAUGUCAACAUAACAACCAAUUCAGCUGAUACACCCCCACAAGCGGCCUCAACCCUUGAACAUGCCGUAGAAACAGAAGAUACCGACAAGGACCCUUAUCUUGGAAAAGGAAAACCUUCCAUGCAACAAUUUAGGGCCUUCCGAGUAACUGAAAACCCCCUCAAAGCCUUGCUGUAUGACUUUUGGAUCCCGUGGAAACUUCAUCUAUAUCCAAUUGUUCACCUAGCCGCUUUUAUUGUGUCCUGGUCAGCCAGCGUUUUUCUUGUGGUCAACGUAACCCAGAGUCAAAAUUUUGCAGCUCCGCCGUACAAUUUCAACAGCCAGACGGUUGGGUUUUUCAACUGUGCUGUCUUGGUCGGUGCCUGCAUUGGUCUGGUAACGAACGGGCCACUCUCGGAUUGGGUUUCCAUGCGCGCUACGAAGAAGAACCGAGGCAUUCGAGAGCCUGAAAUGAGACUCCCUGCAAUGAUACCAUACGUUAUCAUAAUGAUUGUUGGGAAUUUUGUCGUGGCUUUUGGUUAUGAAUAUAAAUGGAAUUGGAAGGUUAUCGUUAUCAUUGGAUACACUGCCAUAGGCAUCCAGGUUGCAGCUCUACCGGCUAUAGCAAGCACAUACGCCGUCGACAGCUACAAACCCGUUGCUGGCAGCAUUUUCGUUACCAUAACUGUGAACAAAAAUCUCUGGGGUUACGGCUUGGCCGAAUUUAUUACCCCAUGGACCCAGCGCAGCGGUUUCAUCCCCGCCAUCAUGCUUAACAUGGCUCUCACGACGUUUUUCUGUGCGUGGGGUAUUGUGUUUUACUAUUAUGGGAAGAGGCUCAGGAAACUCACAGCGAAUUCAGACGUGCAUUUUAUGUGA